AUGGCCACGCGUGGCGUUCCCCGCCUGCCAGGCGACUUUUCGAGGGGUGCUAUUGCGUAUGAGGCCGAGACGACAUGUGUGGUCACGGUCCCGAAGAGCUUCGAGGUGAAGAUGACCGAGAUCUUACCGCCGCUGGGUUGUUUUAUUAUGAAGCAGGCCUCGACGACGACUCCCAAGUGGUUUACCCAGAAUGAGGAGGAGUCGCCGAAGGAUUAUCUCAAAAGAGUGUGUGGGCUGCUGAAGGAGAAGCGUAACCUGCUGGUGUACCGCCCGUACGGGCGGGCCAAGCUUGGUGCGACGACGCAGGUCAACGCGCCAGGCAUGCUCGAGCUCACCAAGUACUAUGUCAAGCAUGCUCUUCCAACCUGGACGACGCCACAGAUGGUGGCGGACUGGGCCACGGAGAGAGGGUUCUUGCGGGUGCAGGAGCCAACAAGGGCUGGGCCGAGGGCCUGGUUGUUCUAUGCUGAGCCGCCGCAGGGUGUGGUGGCGACGAGCUUCUCAUUCAAGAGCGGAGUGUUGGUGACCAAGGCCGUCAGACCUCAGGCGCCAGCACGACAGAAGCCCAAGGAGGGUGCAGCACCGACGACCAGGAGUGCGUGGGGCGCGGCCAAGCCGAGGGUCCAGAACAUCGACGACGAUACUGGAGGCCAGGCAGCUCCGACGGCUACGGCGACGACUCCAGCAGCGACUACACCGCCUGCCGGAGCACCAACGGUCACGCCGACGAAGGAUGACGUCAAGACGGAGGCGAAGGAGGAGACCAAAGUCGAGUCCAAGCCGAAGUUGCAGAGAGGCGAAGAUGGCAAAGCUGUGGGUAAAUAUGUGACUCCAUAUACUAAGUGGUUCAAAGUUAUUCAAUGUGCUGGUGAUGGUGAUUGCUUUUAUAUUGCUGCGGGCCGUGGUCUGCAUCAUGUCUCUCCGAGCGGGCGGGUCCCGCCCAUCAACGCCUUCGAGCCGAAGGGUCCGAUCCAGGGCCACCUACGCAUGCUUGUGCAGAGGGCAGGCUUGAAGAAGGUGUAUGGGACGACGAAGCUGCAGGCGGAGUAUCACGGCACGACGGGGAACCCUGCGGGAGCCCUGGCGGUGAGGCUACUUGCGCACGAGGCGAAGACGGAUAUCUAUAUCUGGGCGAAAGAUGCGAAUGGCAAAUGGAUACUGUACGGACGAGAGCCGAAUUCUAAGACAAAGAAGAAGGAGAUCUGGUUGACCUUGGAGGACCAGCACUACCAGUGGUUGGAGCCUCGAGCGGACAUCCAGGACUUGCCCGAGUACCAGAACACGUUACGGCUGUGGCGUGAUCAAGCUUUCCCGUACCCCCAGCAUGGCCUACAGGGCAGUGGCGGGGAUGACGGUGAUGAUGCUGAUAUGUUAUCUCUUCUUGGGCUGCGCAGUACACCGACAGCGCACUCAGGGGCUAUUGCGAGUAUCCUUGGACUGGAUGAACGUGCAGACGAGAUGCGCAGUCUCUUGGGCUUGGAGUCUGGCGGGGCCGAGGCCUUGGCGGAGGAAGCUGCAGGAGACGAUGAUGAGGCAUUUAAGCAGUUUUGGUCUUGGCAAACUGGUGAAUAUUACAAGUGUGACAAGUGUGGUUGGACGCCCGACACAUCCGACAAAGUGUGGUUGGGGAAGCGCAAGUACAACUCCUUGCUCAGCGUGCAGGCGGACAGGCACUGGAGGAAGUGCCAGGGCAAGCCGGCGCCCAAGAUCGGGAAGAUUGUGCACUCGCAUAUCUCCCAGUUUCUCGCGAACUCCGCCAAGAUUCGUGAGAACGUACGCCAGCGUGGGUUUGCCAAGCAUCUGUUGUGGAAGGCGAAGCUACCUAUUAGUAUUCAAGAGGCCGUGUGUGAAUAUGAUCCUCGUACGGUGUUGACGAUCCCGAACGCCACGAAGAACUUCACGGCCUACAAGUGCACGAGGUGUGGUCUCCAGAGGGCGCUUGGACAGGCGCCGUGGAACAUAUGCAGUGGAAGACAUAACAAAGUUACGCGGAAGCAGUUCUUGACGAGUACGGUCGGGGUAGCACGUAUGCGGCACUACUUUGAGGUGGAGCAGAAGCGCAUCCAGAAGAAGAAGGCCAACUUCGGACCCGACAAGCGUGAAAAGAGGAAGAAGUAUUGGGCCGAGUACUCCAAGAGGCCCGAGCACAAGGAGAGGAAGCGGAUCCAGAACCAGAAGCUGGACAAGAGGAGGCUGAAGGACGGCCCCGAGCGCGAGCGCUACCUGAUCCAGAAGCGUGAGCGUGGGAAGAAGGCCUGGAGGAAGAAGGCACCGUCAGGAAGCGGCCAGAUGCGUUUGGCCACGAUCAACGUCACAGCUCUGAAUGCCGCCAGGCUGGAGGAGCUGCUCACGCACGACGACCUGAGAGAGGUGGACUUCCUUGCCCUGCAG